AUGGAGAACGAGUCGCAAAAAGUUGACCAAAGAUUUGAGUUCUUAGAGAAGUGCGUGUCGAAAGCGUUUAAUGUGAAGUCUGACCGCUGGCAGAAAUGUGUCGCCACAGAGGAGCAGCGGCAGCUCAUUCAGGACUUUCUGGAUAAAUCUGAACACAAGACUCUGGUUAUAUCGUUAAACUCCUCCGGACAGCUGAUCCCUGCUUUCGGACUCUCGGGAACCGGGAAAAACAAGUCGGUUUAUUUCGUUAAGCGGUGUAAAACCGCACUGUCCGCUGAUAAAAUGAAAACACAGUUGUUUUGUGGAGACGUGUGCCACUCUCCUCUGGAGCAGUUCUCAGUGCUGGUGGAGAAGGUUGUGGAACCGGUGUUGUCCAAUGCGAGGAACCACCGGGACUUUCCUCAUGUGGUUUCUCAGGACCUCAUGCGACACAUCCACGUGCUCAAAAACAACGUGUUUGUUAUUGCUGGACAAGUCAAAGGCAAAACACACCUUCCCGUGCCUCCAGGAUUCGAGCAGUUUGAGCCAGUCGCUCAUGAGGGAGAUAAGAGUGGGCAUCUUGUGGAUAAACGACUCAUUCAUUCGAUGGAGACUGUUGUGAUCGAUUGGAGUCAUCAGGUCUAUAAGGUCCUGAAGAAGGACUCAUCAGAGCCAUUACUUGAGGGCAAAAACCCCACUCCACAUGCAGAGAUUAAGUUCUGGAAAAACAGGCUUGCUGAUCUUCAGGGAAUUCAUAACCAGUUCCAGUCCCCUCGAGUUCUGAUGCUGGCUGAGCUCCUGGCUGCCGUCGACAGCAGUUAUUAUCCUGCCUUUGCAAAAAUGCUCCGGGACGUUUCAGAAGCUCGAAAUGAGACGAGGGAUAUCAAUACCUUCCUCAAGCCAAUAGAGAGACUUGUAGAAGAUGUGGAGAAUGCAGACUUCAGCGAGGUGAAGGGGAAGAUCGCUCCUCUCAUGCAUACAGUGUGUCUCAUCUGGGCAAACUCCAAAUACUACAACAGCCCAGCCCGAAUCAUAGUGCUUCUACAGGAGAUCUGCAACCUCCUCAUCCAGCAGGCCCGGAGUUUCCUAAACCCAGAGGACGUCCUGAAGGGUGAUGUGCUGGAGAGCCUGUCCCGAGUGCAGAUGGCUAUAGAUGGGCUGACACACUUCAAGAGCACAUAUGAAGACAGAAGGGCCAAUCUGAGUCAGUACCAGAGGAACCAGAAUGAGGUGAAGCCUUGGGAUUUCUCACCCCUCCUGGUGUUUGUCGGGCUGGAUCACUUCAUGAAGAGACUCAGAACAAUUGAAACUCUCCUGCUGACUGUAGUUGAUAUGAUGAAGUUGGAGAAGGUCGAGUUUGGAGGGAUUCUAGGAAAAUCUCUGAGCCAGCGAGUCCAGUUCUUACAUGAAGACUUCUUGGAGACAUAUAAAACAUUCUCAGAGAAGCCGUAUGACUGCCUUGAUGUUAGUAAUGUGGAGUUUGAAGCAGAUUUCAUGGAGUUUCAGCUCAAGGUGGAGAAUACCGAGCGGCAGUUGAGUACAAUCUUUUGUCAUGCUUUUGAUGAUGCUGCUGGUCUGGAGCAUGCUUUCAAGGUAUUGGACAUGUUUGGCAGACUGCUGGAGCGACCCCUGAUAGCAGCCGAUGCUCACACUAGAUAUCGGAUGCUGAUCAAAAUGUUUGACAAGCAGCUGGAAUGUUGCAAGUUGAUCUUCAAGCAGCAGAUGCAGACAGGAGAAACCCAAGGUUACUCUCCUGUCUCCAAGAACAUGCCUGUGGUUGCCGGAGGUUUGAAAUUUGUCCAGCAAUUGAAGGAACGCAUACAGAUCCCUUACAAUAACUUCAGAUUCAUCAACCACCCAUGUAUGGAGUCUGCGGAUGGGAAGGAGAUGAUCCAGAAAUACGAUGAGUUGAUGCAGCUACUCAAAGGAUACUCCUCUAAGCUGUAUGACAUCUGGACGAGUUCUGUGGCUGAGAAGUCACAGUUUAAUCUCCAGAAGCCGCUGAUAUCCCGAGAGCAGAGAACGAGACUCAUCUCUGUCAACUUCAGCCCGCAGCUGGUUUCGGUGCUGCGGGAGGUGAAGUACCUGGAGGCCAGACAGGCUGAAGUCAUUCCAGAUAUGGCUGCAGACAUUUAUUCCAACAGAGAGCUGCUGUGGCAGUAUGUGGCCAAUCUGGAGCUCACAACCAACUGGUACAACAAAGUGAUGAGCAGCAUGCUCGAGGUGGAGAUGCCGCUGAUCCAGAGCCAGCUGACAGACAUUGACGCCAAGCUCAAAGAAGCUGAGGAGAACCUCUGCUGGACAAGCCAAGGGAUUUGGGAAUACAUCCAGGAUGUCCGUGAGACGGUACAUGACCUGGAGCAACGCCUACAGAGGACUAAAGACAAUGUUGAGGAGAUCCAGACUAUCAUGAAGAGCUGGACUACCCCAGUCUUUGAGAGGAAGGAGGGGAAGAAAGAUACUCUUCUAAACCUGGAAGAUAAGACCGAGCGUCUGGAGAGAACGUACGGCCAGAUCCGAGCUUCAGGAACCAAGAUCCAUCUGUUGCUGAAAGACAACAUGUCACUCUUCAAAGCAGACCCAUCUUCUGCGCGGUGGAAGGUUUAUGUGGAUUACAUUGAUGAAAUGGUCAUUGAUGGUUUCUACAAUGCUAUUGAGAGCUCCCUCAAGUUCUUCUUGGACAACACAGACCAGAAGGCUGGAUUAGCCCCACUCUUUGAGGUCCAGCUGCUUCUGCAGGUUCCUGAGAUUGUGUUUUAUCCGUCGUUGGAGUUCAGUGCUUCAGGCGGGUUCCAUGAUCUGGUGGAGAGUCUCAUCAAUAGCGUCUUUAGGAUCUCUGCUCUUGUGCCACGAUUAUCUGAGCACAGCGGUUUCCCACACUAUCAGGCUGAUAUGGAGGACAUGGUGGACUUUGCGGAGUGGAGGCAUCUUCUGAUGGAGCGCGUGAGGAAAGUCAUGGGACAGUGCUGUGAGUAUCGUAACAGCCUGGAACACUACGCUUACCUCUACGUGGACGACCGGAAGGAGUUCAUGCGUCAGUUCCUGCUGUACGGUCACGUGCUCACGAGCGAAGAGAUCGAGGCCCAUGCCGAGCAUGGCGUCCCAGAAACCCCUCCGACUCUGGACUGCUUCCGCGAGCAGGUGGACUCUUACGAGCUCUUAUAUGAGGAGGUGCAGCGGCUGGAGCCUGUCCAUGUGUUUGAGAGUUGGAUGAGGGUGGACGCACGAGCCUUCAAAAGUGCCCUGCUCAACGUCAUCAGAAAGUGGAGCUUCAUGUUCAAACAGCAUCUUAUUGAUCAUGUGACGCACAGUCUGUCUGACCUGGAGGAGUUCAUCGGGCUGACGGAGGCUGGUCUGGGUAAGAAGGUGGAGGAGGGUGACUAUAACGGUCUGGUGGACAUCAUGGGUUACCUGAUGGCAGUUAAAAAGCGUCAGAGCACUACAGAUGAGAUGUUCGAGCCUCUGCAGCACACCAUUGAUCUGCUGAAGACUUAUGAACAGGAACUCCCAGAGCUUGUGUACAAACAGCUAGAGGUGCUGCCGGAGAAGUGGAAUAACAUGAAGAAGCAGGCGAUGUUGGUGAAGCAGCAUGUUGCUCCGCUGCAGGCUGGCGAGGUGGCUAACCUACGCAGGAAAUGCGCUGCAUUCGAUGUGGAGCAGCACACCUUCAGAGAGCAGUUCCGCAAGAAAUACUUUUUCAGUGGAACCAAUGUAGAGUAUCAGGCUGCUGCCAAACCUCCUCACAUCUGGAACCGUGUAAUGCAUGUUCAGGUGGAAGUGUGGCUGAACCGUGUUCUGGACAGUAUGAGGGCCACCGUGCGUCAUGAGAUGACCGAGGCCGUCGCUGCCUAUGAGGAGAAGCCCAGGGAGCAGUGGCUGUUCGACUAUCCCGCUCAGGUGGCGCUCACCUGUACUCAGAUCUGGUGGACGACUGAUGUAGGAAUGGCGUUCUCCAGACUGGAGGAGGGAUAUGAGAAUGCAAUGAAGGAGUACUAUAAAAAGCAAGUGAGUCAGUUAAACACCCUCAUCACCAUGCUGAUCGGCCAGCUCACUACCGGAGACCGGCAGAAAGUCAUGACCAUCUGUACCAUUGACGUCCACGCCAGAGACGUGGUGGACAAGAUCAUUCAGCAGAAGGUGGAGAACUCUCAGGCCUUUCUCUGGCUGUCCCAACUGCGUCACCGCUGGGGCGAGAGAGAGAAGCACUGCUUCGCCAACAUCUGCGACGCCCAGUUCCUCUAUUCAUACGAGUAUCUGGGCAACACUCCACGAUUAGUCAUCACGCCACUCACAGACAGAUGUUACAUCACUCUGACGCAGUCGCUGCAUCUCAUUAUGAGCGGAGCCCCAGCCGGUCCGGCCGGCACCGGGAAGACCGAAACCACUAAGGACCUGGGCCGAGCCCUCGGCAUCAUGGUCUACGUCUUCAACUGCUCUGAGCAGAUGGACUACAAGUCGUGUGGCAACAUCUACAAAGGCCUGGCGCAGACCGGAGCCUGGGGCUGCUUCGACGAGUUCAACAGGAUCUCGGUGGAGGUGCUUUCAGUGGUGGCGGUGCAGGUCAAAAGUAUUCAAGAUGCCAUUCGAGACAAAAAGAAGAGGUUUAACUUCAUGGGCGAGGAUGUGAACCUGGUCCCGUCGGUGGGCAUCUUUAUCACCAUGAACCCGGGCUACGCCGGCAGGACUGAGUUGCCAGAAAACCUCAAGGCUCUCUUCAGGCCAUGUGCAAUGGUGGUGCCAGAUUUCGAGCUCAUCUGUGAGAUCAUGCUGGUGGCCGAGGGUUUCCUCGAGGCUCGACUUCUGGCCAGAAAGUUCAUCACUCUCUAUCAGCUGUGCAAGGAGCUGCUCUCCAAACAGGAUCACUAUGACUGGGGCCUGCGGGCCAUUAAGUCGGUGCUGGUUGUGGCCGGGUCGCUGAAGAGAGGAGAUCCGGGCAGAGCGGAGGAUCAGGUGCUGAUGAGAGCGCUGAGAGACUUUAACGUCCCUAAGAUUGUGACUGACGACAUGCCUGUGUUCAUGGGCCUGAUCGGGGACCUGUUCCCAGCGCUUGACGUGCCCCGCAAACGGGACAUGGACUUUGAGAAAUUCGUCAAGCAGUCCGUGCUGGAUCUCAAGCUGCAGGCCGAGGACAACUUUGUGCUGAAGGUGGUCCAGCUGGAGGAGCUGCUGGCUGUCCGUCACUCCGUGUUCGUGGUGGGAAACGCCGGCACUGGCAAAUCCCAGGUCCUCAAGUCUCUCCACAAGACGUAUCAGAAUAUGAAGCGAAGGGCCAUGUGGGCCGACCUCAACCCCAAAGCAGUCACCAACGACGAGCUGUUCGGCAUUAUAAACCCGGCCACGCGCGAGUGGAAGGACGGCCUGUUUUCUAAUAUCAUGCGUGAGCUGGCCAACAUCAGUCACACCGGGCCCAAGUGGAUUGUCCUGGAUGGUGAUAUCGAUCCGAUGUGGAUUGAGUCGCUGAACACAGUAAUGGAUGAUAACAAGGUGCUGACACUGGCCAGUAAUGAGAGGAUUCCUCUGAACCCGAGCAUGAGGCUGGUGUUUGAGAUCAGUCACCUCCGCACUGCCACUCCAGCCACCGUCUCCAGAGCCGGUAUUUUGUACAUCAACCCUGCGGAUUUAGGCUGGAAUCCUCCUGUGUCCAGCUGGAUUGACGGGAGGGAAGUCCAGUCAGAGAAAGCCAAUCUGACCAUUCUGUUUGACAAGUACCUCCCAUCAUGCCUCGACACGCUCAGGUCAAGAUUUAAGAAGAUCAUCCCGGUUCCUGAGCAGAGUAUGGUCCAAAUGCUCUGCUUCCUCCUGGAAUGUCUCCUGAUCCCAGAACACACUCCUCCAGACAGCCAUAAGGAUCUCUACGAGCUCUAUUUUGUCUUCGCAGCCAUCUGGGCCUUCGGAGGAACCAUGUUCCAGGAUCAGCUGGUGGAUUACAGGGUGGAGUUCAGUAAGUGGUGGGUGACAGAGUUCAAAACCAUCAAGUUUCCGGCUCAAGGAACCGUAUUCGAUUACUACAUCGAUCCUGAAAGCAAAAAAUUUGAGCCCUGGUCAAAAAUGAUUCCCAAAUUUGUGAUGGAUCCUGACAUCCCUCUUCAGGCCUGCCUGGUCCACACCACAGAGACCAUCCGUGUGCGCUACUUCAUGGACAGUCUGUUGGAGAGGAGGCGUCCGGUCAUGCUGGUGGGCAACGCCGGCACCGGAAAAUCUGUUCUGGUGGGAGACAAACUGGGUUCUUUAGACCCGGAGAAAUACGCCAUCAAAAACGUACCCUUCAACUAUUACACCACGUCAGCCAUGUUACAGGCUGUUUUAGAGAAACCCUUGGAGAAGAAGGCAGGGAGGAACUACGGGCCACCGGGUAGCAAGCGCCUCAUCUACUUCAUCGAUGACAUGAACAUGCCGGAGGUGGACGAGUACGGGACGGUGCAGCCGCAUACGAUGAUCCGCCAGCACAUGGACUACAGCCACUGGUAUGACAGGAGCAAGCUGCAGCUGAAGGAGAUUCACAAUGUGCAGUACGUGUCCUGCAUGAACCCGACGGCCGGCAGCUUCACCAUCAACCCUCGCCUGCAGAGACAUUUCUCGGUGUUUGCGCUCUCGUUUCCUGGUGUGGACGCUCUGAACACCAUCUACUGCAGCAUCUUGAGUCAGCAUCUGCGCGGCGAGGGAUUCCCAGCCGUUCUGCAGAAGAGCUGCUCUCAGCUGGUCCAGCUGGCCCUGGCCUUCCAUCAGCGCGUCACCGCAACCUUCCUGCCCACCGCCAUCAAGUUCCACUACAUCUUCAACCUGCGUGACCUCUCCAACAUAUUCCAGGGCAUCCUGUUUUGCACCAGCGAGUGUCUGAAGACUUCUCAGGACCUGGUGAAGAUCUUCCUUCACGAGUCCAACCGGGUUUACCGCGACAAGAUGGUGGAAGACAAAGAUUUCGACAUCUUUGACAAGCUGCAGUCAGAAACGGUGAAAAAGUUCUACGAGGAUAUGGAGGAGACCCUAGAGGAGACCAGAGCCAUGAAUAUGUACUGCCAUUUCGCCACGGGCAUCGGUGAACCCAAAUACAUGGCGGUGCAGUCCUGGGGGAGCCUGAACAAGACCCUGCUGGAAGCUCUUGACAGCUACAAUGAAGUCAACGCGGCUAUAAACCUUGUUUUGUUCGAGGAUGCCAUGUCUCAUAUCUGCCGUAUCAAUCGGAUCCUGGAGUCUCCGCGGGGAAAUGCUCUGCUGGUCGGGGUGGGCGGCAGCGGGAAGCAGAGCCUGACCAGGCUGGCGGCGUUCAUCAGCUCCCUGGAGGUCUUUCAGAUCACGCUGAAGAAAGGAUACGGCAUCCCUGAUCUCAAGAGCGAUCUGGGCGCGUUGUACAUUAAAGCUGGCGUGAAGAAUAUUGGCAUGGUGCUCCUCAUGACAGAUGCCCAGGUUGCAGAUGAGAAGUUCCUCGUGUUGGUGAACGACCUUUUAGCGUCUGGUGAAAUCCCAGACCUCUUCCCUGAUGAUGAGGUGGAGAACAUCAUCGGUUCUUUAAGGAAUGAAGUGCGUGGCCAGGGUCUGAUGGACACAAGGGAGAACUGCUGGAAGUUCUUCAUCGACCGUGUCCGUAGGCAACUCAAAGUGGCGCUGUGUUUCUCUCCGGUGGGCAGUAAGCUGAGGGUGCGCAGCAGGAAGUUUCCUGCGGUGGUCAACUGCACCGCCAUCGAUUGGUUCCACGAAUGGCCACAGGAGGCGCUAGAGUCGGUCAGCCUGAGGUUCCUGCAGGACGUGGAGCACAUCCAGCCAGAGGUGAAGGACUCGGUGAGUAAAUUCAUGGCCUACGUACACAUUAGCGUGAACAAGACCUCAAAAGACUACCUGGCCAACGAGCGGCGAUACAACUACACCACGCCCAAGUCCUUCCUGGAGCAGAUCAAGCUGUACGGGAACCUGCUGGCGCUCAAGAAGAAAGUUCUGACCUCCAAGAUGGAGCGACUGGAAAACGGCUUGGAGAAGCUCAACAGUACGACGGCUCAGGUGGACGAUCUGAAGGCCAAGCUGGCGGCACAGGAAGUGGAGCUGAAGCUGAAGAACGAGAGCGCAGAUAAACUGAUCCAGGUUGUGGGUGUGGAGACGGAGAAGGUGGCGCGGGAGAAGGCGGUGGCUGAUGAAGAGGAGCAGAAGGUGGCCAUCAUCGCUAAGGAGGUGACGCGCAAACAGAGAGACUGUGAGGAGGACCUGGCUAAAGCCGAACCUGCGCUCAUAGCAGCACAGGAGGCUCUGAACACUCUCAACAAGAACAAUCUGACAGAGCUGAAGUCUUUCGGCUCUCCUGUAGCCGCCGUGACAAACGUCACAGCCGCUGUGAUGGUCCUCAUGGCCCCGGGUGGGCGCGUUCCCAAGGACCGCAGCUGGAAGGCUGCUAAAGUCAUGAUGGCUAAGGUGGACGCCUUCCUCGACGCCUUGAUCCAUUUCAAAAAGGAAAACAUCCACGAGAACUGUCUCAAAGCCAUCCAGCCGUACCUAGGGGACCCAGACUUCAGCCCUGAGCUGAUAGCAGCCAAAUCCAACGCGGCGGCCGGCCUCUGCUCCUGGGUCAUCAACAUUGUGAAGUUUUAUGAGGUUUACUGCGAGGUCGAGCCUAAGAGACAAGCCCUGAGCAAAGCCAACGCCGAACUCGCCGCCGCGCAGGAGAAGCUCUCCAUCAUCAAGGCAAAAAUCAAUCAACUUAAUGAGAACUUGGCGAAGCUGACGGCGAAGUUUGAGAAAGCCACAGCAGACAAGCUGCGGUGCCAACAGGAGGCUGAGACCACGGCACGCACCAUCGCUCUCGCCAACCGCCUGGUUGGAGGUCUGGCAUCGGAGAAUGUGCGCUGGGCAGAGGCGGUGAAGAACUUCAGGCAUCAGGAGAGCACUCUGUGUGGAGACGUGCUCCUCAUCACUGCCUUCGUCUCCUAUCUGGGCUAUUUCACCAAACGUUACCGCCUGGAGCUGAUGGACAACAGCUGGAGGCCAUACCUGAGCCAGCUCAAGGUGCCAAUCCCGGUGACUCCGGGUCUGGACCCGCUGACCAUGCUGACGGAUGACGCUGACAUCGCAGGCUGGCAGAACGAGGGUCUGCCCGCGGACCGGAUGUCGACUGAAAACGCCACCAUACUCACCAGCUGCGAACGAUGGCCGCUCAUGGUGGAUCCGCAGCUGCAGGGAAUCAAAUGGAUCAAAAGCAAAUACGGAGAAGAGCUGCGAAUCAUCAGGAUUGGACAGAGAGGAUAUCUGGACUCCAUCGAGAGAGCGUUAUCUGUAGGUGAAGUUGUCCUCAUUGAGAAUUUGGAGGAAGCAGUGGAUCCAGUGCUCGGUCCGCUACUCGGACGUGAAACCAUAAAGAAAGGACGCUACAUAAAGAUUGGCGAUAAGGAAUGCGAGUACAACCCCAGUUUCCGUCUGAUCCUUCACACCAAGCUGGCAAACCCUCACUACCAGCCGGAGCUCCAGGCUCAGUGUACGCUGGUCAACUUCACGGUGACACGGGACGGGCUGGAGGACCAGCUGCUGGCAGCCGUGGUCAGCAUGGAGAGACCCGACCUGGAGGAGCUGAAGUCGAACCUCACAAAGCAACAGAACGGCUUCAAAAUCACAUUGAAAACUCUGGAGGACAACCUGCUCUCACGGCUCUCCUCCGCGUCCGGAAACUUCCUGGGAGACAUUGAGUUGGUGGAGAACCUGGAGAUAACCAAACGAACGGCGGCCGAGAUUGAAGUCAAGGUGAAAGAGGCUAAGGUAACGGAGGCUGAGAUCAAUGACGCGCGGGAACACUACCGUCUGGCGGCGGCCCGCGGUUCGCUCCUAUACUUCAUCAUGAACGACCUCAAUAAAAUCCAUCCCAUGUACCAGUUCUCUCUGAAGGCCUUCAACGUUGUGUUUCAAAAUGGUGUACUAAACGCCGACCCAGACGAGACCGUGAAACAACGGGUCUUAAAUCUGAUCGACAGCAUCACGUCGUUGGUGUUCCAGUACACCACCCGCGGCCUCUUCGAGUGUGACAAACUCACCUACACCGCCCAGCUGGCCUUCCAGGUCCUGCUCAUGAAUAAAGAGAUCAAUCUCCGCGAGCUGGACUUCCUGCUGCGCUACCCGGUGCAGCCGGGCUUGAUGUCACCCGUCGACUUCCUGUCCAACCACUCCUGGGGAGGAAUUAAAGCUCUCAGUACGAUGGAGGAGUUUCAUAACCUGGACCGUGACAUUGAAGGAUCGGCUAAACGCUGGAAGAAGUUUUCAGAGUCCGAGUGUCCGGAGAAAGAGAAGUUCCCUCAGGAGUGGAAGAACAAGACGUCACUGCAGAGGCUGUGCAUGAUGAGAGCGCUACGGCCCGACAGAAUGACCUACGCCGUCAGAGAUUUCGUAGAGGAGAAGCUGGGCAGCAAGUAUGUAAUGGGGCGCUCGCUGGACUUUGCCGUGUCAUAUGAGGAGUCUGGAGCCGCCACACCCAUGUUCUUCAUCCUGUCCCCUGGAGUCGACCCGCUGAAGGAUGUGGAGAAACACGGAAGAAAACUGGGAUAUACGUUCGACAACAGAAAUUUCCACAACGUUUCGCUGGGCCAGGGGCAGGAGGUGGUUGCAGAACAGGCUCUGGAUCUGGCUGCGAAAGAGGGGCACUGGGUCAUUUUACAGAAUAUCCACUUGGUGGCUAAAUGGCUGGGAAUGCUGGAGAAGAAGCUGGAGCAGCAUGCAGAGGGAAGCCACCUGAACUUCAGGGUGUUCAUCAGUGCGGAGCCGUCCUCCUCGCCCGAUGGCCACAUCAUCCCACAGGGCAUCCUGGAGAACUCCAUCAAGAUCACCAAUGAGCCGCCCAUGGGCAUGCAUGCCAACCUGCACAAAGCCCUGGACAACUUCAACCAGGAUACUCUGGAGAUGUGUGCCCGCGAGAACGAGUUCAAAAGCAUCCUCUUCGCCCUGUGUUACUUCCACGCGGUGGUGGCGGAGCGGAGGAAGUUCGGCCCUCAGGGCUGGAACCGGAGUUACCCAUUCAACACCGGAGACCUGACCAUCUCCGUCAACGUGCUCUACAACUAUCUGGAGGCCAACACCAAGGUGCCCUAUGAUGACCUGCGCUAUCUCUUCGGUGAGAUCAUGUAUGGGGGUCACAUCACCGACGACUGGGACCGCAGGCUGUGCCGCACAUAUCUGGAGGAGUUCAUCAAGUUGGAGAUGAUGGAGGGAGAGCUGUAUCUGGCACCCGGCUUCCGUCUGCCGGGAAACACGGAUUACAACGGCUAUCAUCAGUACAUAGAUGGCGCUCUUCCACCCGAGUCCCCGUACCUAUACGGCCUGCACCCGAACGCAGAGAUCGGCUUCCUCACGCAGACGUCAGAGAAGCUCUUCCGCACCGUGCUGGAAAUGCAGCCCAGAGACGGAGGAUCGGGAGAAGGAACGUCCGGAUCACGCGACGAGAAGGUGAAAGCGGCGCUUGAUGAGAUCCUUGAGAAGCUUCCGGAGGAGUUCAACUUGGCAGAGAUGAUGGGGAAGGUGGAGGAGAGGACACCAUAUAUCGUUGUGGCGUUCCAGGAGUGUGAGCGCAUGAAUUUCCUGACACAAGAGAUCAAACGCUCUCUAAAAGAGCUCAGUCUAGGCCUGAAGGGCGAGCUCACAAUGACCAACGACAUGGAGAAUCUCCAGAACGCCAUCUACCUGGACCAGGUGCCCGAGUCCUGGACCAAACGUGCCUAUCCGUCCGUAUCCGGUCUGGCCAUCUGGUUCACGGACCUCCUGAACCGCAUCAAGGAGCUGGAGAUCUGGACGUCUGACUUCUCCCUGCCCUCGGUGGUGUGGCUGGCCGGCUUCUUCAACCCACAGUCCUUCCUGACAGCCAUCAUGCAGUCCAUGGCUCGUCGAAACGAGUGGCCGCUGGACAAGAUGAGCCUGCAGUGCGAUGUGACCAAGAAGAACCGCGAGGACUUCAGUUCGCCGCCGCGAGAGGGAGCCUACAUCCACGGCCUGUUCAUGGAGGGCGCUCGAUGGGACACGCAGGCUGGCAUAAUGGUGGACGCUCGUCUGAAGGAGCUCACGCCCACAAUGCCGGUGAUUUUCAUCAAAGCCAUUCCUGUGGACAAACAGGAGACCCGCAGCCUGUACCAGUGUCCCGUCUAUAAGACCCGACAGCGUGGACCCACGUACGUCUGGACCUUCAACCUGAAGACCAAAGAGAAUCCGUCCAAAUGGACCCUCGCUGGAGUCGCUCUGCUGCUUCAGAUAUAAAGUACCUGCUCGCAUUUCACCGAUGACUUAUUUGCUAUUCAUAACGCCAGAACGCGUGAUUUCAUGACACAGCACCUUUUUUUUAGUUGCAUAUAAAGUUAGUUUUAGUUGUCAAAUGUUUGCACAAACACUAUGUGCCAUGCAGUUAAAUUAAAAGCACUUUGAUGAACCGGUUUUAUAUUUGUUCAGUGUAU